AUGGCGGCCGGCGGGGCGCUGAAGGCGCUGCCGGCGCUGCUGCUGCUGCUGGCGGCGGGCGCGCUGGGCAAGCCCACGGUGCGGCAGGAGCGGGCCCGGCCCGGAGCCGCGCAGCACGAGGACCGGCCCGGCUUCCAGUACGACCACGAGGCCUUCCUGGGCAAGGAGGAGGCGCGGAGCUUCGACCAGCUCAGCCCGGAGGAGAGCCGUGAGCGCCUGGGGAAGAUCGUGGAUAGAAUAGAUGACAACAAAGACGGCUAUAUCACAACAGAGGAAUUAAAAACCUGGAUUAAACGAGUACAGAAACGCUACAUCUAUGAAAAUGUGGCUAAAGUUUGGAAAGACUAUGAUCUAAACAAGGAUGAUAAAAUUGCCUGGGAAGAAUACAAACAAGCCACAUAUGGUUAUUAUCUAGAAAAUCCAGAAGAAUACCAAGAUGCAACCGAUCAGCACAGUUUUAAGAAAAUGCUGCCCAGAGAUGAAAGACGAUUCAAAGCUGCAGAUCUGGAUGGAGACUCGGCUGCCACUCGUGAAGAAUUCACUGCUUUCCUUCACCCAGAGGAGUUCGAGCACAUGAAAAACAUUGUUGUCUUAGAAACCUUAGAAGACAUAGACAAAAACGAGGAUGGUUUUGUGGAUCAAGAUGAAUACAUUGCUGAUAUGUUUGCAAAUGAGGAGGGUGGACCAGAGCCUGACUGGGUGAUUACAGAGCGUGAGCAGUUUUCAGAUUUUCGUGAUCUCAACAAGGAUGGAAAGAUGGACAAAGAUGAGAUCCAGCACUGGAUCCUCCCCCAAGACUACGAUCAUGCACUAGCUGAAGCCAGGCACUUAGUCCACGAAUCUGAUGUAGACAAGGAUCAAAAACUAACAAAAGAGGAAGUUCUAGACAACUGGAAUAUGUUUGUUGGAAGUCAAGCUACUAAUUAUGGGGAGGACCUCACGAGAAACCAUGAUGAACUAUGAUACAAAGUACCAACCAGUGCGCCCCACAUCUUUUCUCCACAUUACUGAAAUCGCUGUGUCCAUCUCCUCUUAGAGGGAGGAUGGGCAAGGGACACUCACAACUGAAGGACUUGCAUUAAUAUUAUUAUUAACAUGUCAGCUUAUUACCUCAGAAACUAUGUAGAAAUAGCUUUUUUUUCACUUGGUUAAAUACAGUGUAUUAUUACUACAGUUUUGUAUUUGAAAAAUAAGAAGGUAAUUUUUCUGAAUAGGUUAGAGCCUGACAUGGAAAAGGGACUUCUAAAACCAUUGCAAAGAUCUUUAAUAGCGAAGUAUUUUCUUCAAAUACCCACUUUUACCAUAGUGAAAUGCACCUAGAAUUAGAACCCUAAUGUUUAAACAGACUUAAGUUAUUUAGUUGUCUUUUCUAAUAGCAUGUGACAGUUUAGAGAUAACCCUUGGAGCCUCCUACCCAGAGAAGAGUUUGAGACCAGCUUUGUCUCCACACAGUUUCUGCACCCCUGUUGGGUCAGUGGUGCUGCAGGAGUGUCCAGCAGGCCCCUGGCUCCUGCUUUAAUGUGCAAGAUGCACAGGUGGCCCUUGUCCCUGACCCCAGCAUUCCCAGCCAGGGAUGCAGAGUCCAACAUGGCAGCUGCUCCUUCUGACAGCAGGGAAAGGUACAACUGUUUGUGGGCCCUUGGCUUUGCUGCUUCCUGGGAGGUUUUGUGCCACAUGGAGCUUAAUUUAUCUCCUGCUUUUCACACUUUACCCGAGCCCUACUCUUGUUCACGCAGUGUGAAUGGCAGCAGUUCUGUGAUGGAGAAAGAAUGAGACAUAUCACCCCUCUGGGCCUUCUGUCUCCUCUGCCACAUAAGAGGACAGAUUUUUGUGGCUGAAGUUCUGGGUUUGUGUGUAUAUACACACAAGUACAUGUCACUGAAGCAACUCUAAAGACAGCUCUCCUUCCAGAAAAGGGAGGAAGCUUUCCACACAGGUGCUUUCUUCUUUAAUAUAUAAUGUGAGUUGUUACAUGUAUAUUUUUAUAUACCAAACUUAGAUAAGUUUGGUUGUUUUUAAAUGUAGUGGUUUUAAAAUAAGCACAAUAAAAGCAAUACUUCUUUUUGAUACUGUGAAGUUGCAAUAACACUAACACAGAUUACCAGAGAGAUGAUGUGAAAACACAAACCAAGCCUCUAAAGCCAGUAGCUCCCAAAGCAUUGGGGUGGUCAUUUCCAAAAGUAUCUGGACAUACAGCUCCAACUGUUCUCUGUCACCUCAUUAAAUAAAAAAAAAAAAAAAAAAAAAAAAAAAAAAAAAAAAAAAAAAAAAAAAAAAAAAGUGCAGCAUAGAUAGCUGCUGUAACUAGACUUUGUUCUGGACACUAAUACUGGGAGAUCAGGACUCCACAGCAGAGUUCUCUGGAAGUUUCCUGGAAGGUUUGGUCUAAAACAUCACACCCUGUUCCCAUAACCAUCCAGAGGGGUGCUUUGAGACUCCCAAGAUGUGAGACACUACAACAGUUCAAGACAUUUGUGAAAAUCAUCAGGAGGCAGUGCAGAGCUGUGACCUCAGUAACCAGUGUCGUUUUUAUAAGGUCAUAGAAGAAUCGCGGUGGCAUAUUUUACAUCUUGCCCUUGAAGAUAAUUAAAUCUAGAUUGCUGUGUCUGACAGAGAUUAUGUGUGCUUGCUGGCACCACUACUAAGCUUUUGGGGUGUACUUCUUAUGACAUUGCCAGCAAUAGCUGAAAAAUCCCUACCUCUCCCACUAACAUACAGUAGGGCAUAUGUCAUAAAAGUGAACUGGUUUUGCUUUUACAGUACCCUCAAGUUAAACAAAAGCCUAAAUGCAGUGUUAUCUGGGAAGCAAUAAAAUUGUAUCUUGGCACAUGCAAAU